AUGAAAAAGUUUACGAUAAUACUAAUUUUCGUUUUUGUGUAACUAUGUAGUUGCAAUAAAUGUUCUGAUUACUUUUAGGAUGAAAUCGGAUGUAUAUCAAGUACUGGAAUAUCUUGUAGAUGGAAUGAAUAGAAUAAUUAAUGCCUAGAUUCAACAGGUAAGUUGUUGGGAUGUCAGAAAUAUUUAAAUUUACAAGCAUGUAUAUCUUAGACAAUUUAUCCUGAUAAAUCAAUAGCUGAAUGUAAUUGAAUAGUAUAAAUAAUAUAGGUAUAUUCAGUGGAUAUUGUAGAAAAGUAGUCGAUGAUGCAUCAGAGUGUUAAAAAAAUUUAUCAAGAGCAGGAUGUUUAGGAGUGGAAGAUGCAUAUUGUAUAUGGAAAGAUGGAUGUUUUUCAAUAACAGAAAGUGAAGCAAUGACAUUAGCUUAGGCAGCAUCAAUGACAGAUGAAUUGAAACUGUCAUCAUUAGCAGUCUGCAAAUUAAUUUAUUAUUUUCCAGGUAUAUAUUUAAAUAAAGAUUAGCAAUUCAUCAACAUGGAGCACAUGAAGCAUUAUUAAAAUUAUAUUUUGAGAAUUUAACAACAGCAGGAGGUGAGAAUAAGUUUGAAUAAUAAUUGAUGAUUCCAGGAUGCUUUUCACCAGCAGAAAAUAUUUAUAAAUAAAUUAAUUGUGAUGCAGGAGGAUUGAAUUCAUUAGGAUGUAUUUUAGUAGAAACAGAUUAUUGUAUAUUUAAAAAUGGAUUUUGUUAAAAAGUGAGUGAUUUUACCUAAUUACAAUGUAGUGAUAAAUUAAACAAAUUAGCAUGUUUAUCAGUAACAAAUUUUAAAGAGACCUGUUAUUGGACAGGUAGUUAAUGUACAACAUAUUUAGUAUCAAAAGAAAGUGCUUGUGAUAUAUAUUAAUAAGUAAAUAAGUUUUAAAAUAUAAUUUUAGGUAUCUCCAAGUGUUUGUGCAAAUAUAAUAAAAGAAGGUGAAGCAUGUUUUUAUGAUGAUUUUACAAUGAAGUGUGAUAAAAUGUGUAAAUCUAAAAGUUUAAACAGUUCUUCAAAGUGUGAAUUGUCUAAAUAUGGAUGUGUUUGGUACGAUUAUGGUGAAGGUUAUUGCAAAUUUAAAAAUAAUGAAUGUAAUAGAAAAGGAUAAAAUUACAUAUCAUGUAUGACAGCAGAUGAUUUUUGUCUAUAUUAAAAUGGACAUUGUUUAUCUAUAGAAAACUUAAAUCUCUUAGGAUGUACAGGAGGCUUAAACAGAUUAGCUUGCAUAAACUUAUCUAAUCCAAGUUAAGUAUGUUAAUUUUAAGAUGGAAAAUGCAUUGAAAUUUAUAUAACUCCAGAAGAUCUUCCAUAAUAUCUUGAGAAUGUAAAUCCUAAUGCUUGUAGAAAGAUAACAACAAUUGCUAGUUACUGGAAUAAUGGUAAAUGUUCUCCAGCAGAUGGAAAUGAAUAAUGUUCUGUUUCAGGUUAUAAUAAAUUAGGAUGUUUAAAUACAAGUAAUACAAUGUCUCCUUGUUAAUGGAAUGGGGAAUCAGGUAGAUGUCAACCUUUAGUAAUAACUAGAUAAACUAAAUGCAAUUCUUUAAGAUUAGUAAAUGCAGUUGCUUGCAGAGCUAUUAAAGAAGAAGAUGAAACUGGAAAUUUAUUAAUGUGUAAAUACAACAUAAAUUCAACAUCAUGUGAAAAGGUAACAGUAUUAUCUUCUAUUAAUUGUGAAACUGAAGGUUUAAAUGAAACAGCAUGUAGUUCAGUUUCUGAUCCUUUACAAAGUUGUAGAUGGUCAUCAAAUCAAUGUGUAAAAGUAACUACUUUAGGAAAUGCUAUUACAUGUUAAUCUCUCUAAUCAGUUACUUAAAGAACUUGUGCAAUGAUUUAAUCAAAUAAAUAGAGAUGUUUAUAUGAUUCAUCAAGAAAAAGUUGUACUACACAAGUACCACCUACUACAACUUGUACUGCUGCUGGUCUCAAUCCUUAUGGAUGUGCAUUUGUUAGUUCCAAAUGCCAUUUCAAUACUACUACGAAUGAAUGUAAAGCAACAUAGGAAUCUGAUUAUGCUACCAUUAGUUGUGAUACUAAUUUCCCAUCAAAAACCAGUUGCGUUUUAAUUACAAAAGCUAAUUAAUAUUGUAGAUGGAAAUCAAAAGAUUAUGUUUGUGAAUUAUAUACUUUCCCUGCCUCUGAUUCUUGUACUAAAUAUACAAAUGUUAAUAAAUUAUUUUGUUUGGCAUUUGAAGUUACUCUUUAAAGAUUAAUAGAUUAGAGUUAUUACUGUAUUUAUGAUUCAGCAAGUAGUUCUUGUAUUGAAUAUACAGGAGCUCUUACUGAAUGGGCAGAUUGUGGAUCAACUUAAGAAAUUAAUAUGCAUGGUUGUGUUGCUCUAUCUAGCACUAGUAAAUAUUGUUAUUUUGAUUAAACAACUUUAAAAUGUUCAGAGAUUACUGAUGCUAACGAUUCAAAAUUUUCAUCUCUUUUUUGUAAAUAGGCAAAUAAAAAAUUAUGUCUAAGUUUAUCAACAACAGGAUAAUAUUGUUAAUGGGUAGAGUCAGAGAAAAAAUGUUAAUAAAUAAAAUCAGGUUAAUCUUGUUCUGAUUAUGUAACUUUAACUGUCAAUCCAAGUUUAUGUGCAAGUACUCAUAGUGAUGAAGCUUGUGCAUCUAAUCUUGUAGAUAAUCAUUGUAAAAUUCUGGCUGCUGAUGAUAUUACUUACGCUUGUUUAGAUAAAGGAUUAAAUUAAAAGGCUUGUUUAAGUAAUACAAUAGGAGCUUGCUAUUACAAUACAGAGAAAUUGAAAUGUUUAGAAGUUUCUGGAGUAGAAGCCUUUUAAGUUGCAUGUGAUAGUUUAGUAAACAAAUUAGGCUGUUUAGCCUCUUUAAAAUACAAUUGCAAAUGGUUAGAUAAUAAAUGCUAAUAUGCUUAUGAUCUUGAUCCUUUUAAUUCAGGUUGUAGUGAUUUUUAAAGCUAACUUUACAAUCCAAAAGUUUGCUAAACCAUUUACAAAGAAUACGAGUAUUGUUAAUAUGAUUCAACUAAUUUCUAUUGCACAUCUUUUUCAGAUCUAGUUUAAGAUUGUAAGCCUGGAUAUAACUAUUUCACAUGUUCAUUAAAUGAAUUAUGCUAAUGGGAUUCGGCAUAAGAAGUUUGUGUAAACAAUACUUCUGAAAGUGAUUUAUGCAAAACACAAUAAAACAUAACUGAUUGUCUUUCUGUCACUAAUGAUACAUGUUCUUGGACUAAUGCUGGUUAAUGUAAAAAGAUUGUUAUUACUGAAUAUACAAAGUGUAGUUAAGUCACUUCAUUAUAAGGUAAGUUUGUUAAAAGAAUUUGUCAAUCUAUUUACUUUGUUUCAGAUAGCUGUUAAUAUGAUAGUACUAAUAAGGCUUGUGUUGAAGUUACUACAACUAACAAUUCAUGUACUACUAUUGGACUCAAUAGAACUGCUUGUUUAAAUAAAACAAUUGGAUUUAAAUGUAGAUUUGAAUCAGAUAACACUAAAGAUGAUUAUGGAUGCUAAGAAGUUAGUGAUUUUACUAAUUAAGGUUGUUCAGAUUCUUUAGAUAGUGAAGCUUGUGCAGCUGUAACCAUCUCUUAAUGUGCUUUUGAUUUAGCUCAAAAUAUUUGUUAUGAAUAUUAACCAUACUAUUUAGAGUAAUACUAUACUUGUUCUCAAUUUAGUACUGGAUAGGUUGUUUCAAUUAACCUUUGCAAAUAUGUCAAAGAUGUAGCAUGUCUCUAUGAUGCUCCUACCUAAACAUGUAAAGUAUCUAAUGCAUAGUUGGAUUAAUGUAAAACUAAUGAAACCAUUAAUUCUAUAUACUGUUUAACUUUAAUUAAAACUUAAACAUGUGAUUUUGAUUUCAAUUAUGGAAAUUUUUGUUAUGAGGUUUCUACUACUUAUUGGAGUUGCAGUGAUUGCUCAUCUUUUAAGUAAUGUAUUUCUAGUAGAUAUUAAAUUUGUUAAUGGAAAGACGAUUCUUGCAAUGAAAUUACAGUUGAUGUAACAUGUAAUGAAUUAUCAAAUAUUAAUUCAAAUGCUUGUAUGAGUUUUAGUGGAAAUACAAAAUGUUAAUACAAGUAUGAUGCUAUUGCAUAAACAACAUCUUGUAUAUCUCCAUCAGAUGAUCUUUAACCUUGUUAAGGAUUAAAUGAAGUAGCAUGUAUAGCCAAUUAAUUAAAUUCAUGUUAUUUUUACUCAUAAUAAUGCUAUGAUAUAACAGAAAAUCCUUAUUAAGCUAGUUGCACAGAUGAAUUUUCAUUUAAUUAUUAAGGAUGCGUUAGAAUAAAAAAUUCAGAUUAAAAAUGCAAAUGGGACACCAGCGUUAAUAAAUGUGUAUCUAUUUAAACUUCACCAUCAGAUAAUUGUAGUGAUUAUGCAGAUUCAAAUUAUUCUGCAACAAUUUGUGCAUCAAUUUCAGCAGGAAAUUGUAUUUGGAAUUCAGGAUGUAAAUCAUAAGUAGCAACAAAUUGUUAAACAUUAGGUGCAAAUAAAGGAGCAUGUAUUAAUGCAACAUCAGGAAAUUGUGUAUUUUCAGUAGGUGUGUGUAUAGACGUGAGUAGUCCAUCUAAUUUCAUUUAAAAUAAAUGUACAGAUCCAUCAAAUAAAGCAGGAUGUUUAAAUAUGAAUAAAGGAUAGAAAUGUAAAUGGGAUGGUAGUACAUGCAUUGAAAUUAAUGUAACUGCAGGUUGUACAACCUAUAGUGAUGUAAAUCCAGGUGUUUGUUAACAUACAAGUGAUGUAGCAUGUAAAUGGGAAGCCUCAAAUUGUGCAGCUGUUACAGUUAAAGGGUUAUGCAAUGUAACUGGAUUGAAUAAAUUAGCUUGUUUAAAUUUCACUUCAGAAACAUGUUAUUUUAAGGUUGAAACAAAUAGUUGCACUUAAAUUAAUCAAUAAACUCUUAAUACAGUAAAUUGUACUGAUAAUUUAAAUGAAUUGGCAUGUAAAUCUCAUGAAUAAUUAUGUUGUAAAUGGAAUGCAGGAUAAUGUCAAGAUGCAACAGCAGGAUCAAGUUGUUCAUUAUUGGCUAAUAAUUCAGUAAAUUGUUGUGUUGUAUUGAAUGGUGAGCCUUGUACAAUGGGAACUACUUGUGCUAAAUUGACAACUAAAGCUUCUUAAUGUUCUGAUGCCAUAAAUAAAUUUGCAUGUUUAUGGGUAUCUUCACCUUGUAGAUGGGAUAAUAUGAUGUCAAAAUGUAGAUAAGUGACUAAAAGUUAUGGAUGUAAGCCGGAUUUAAAUAUUGCUGGAUGCGUUAAUCAAUCAAUUCAUUGCAAAUAUUUAAACAAUCAAUGUACAACAGCAAGCAUUACUGAUAACUGUGAAGAUUUAUAAUACUCAUCAUUGUCUUCUACAAAAUGUAUUUUAAUCUCAAAUAGCAGAUGUUAAGCCAGCAACGAUGGAUGCAUAGUUCCAGCUUAUAAUGUUAAAUGUAUUGAAAAUGUUAAUAAACUUGGUUGUUUGGAUAAUACCAAUUAUUGUGUGUGGAAUGAUAUUGCUAUGACUUGUAAUGGAAAGAGAGUAUUGACAGCUUCAACAACUUGUGCAACUGGUUAAGUUAGCAGAGGAUUAUGCGCAUUUUCGAAACUUUAAUGCAAAUCAGAAGAGGAUUUUACAUGCACAACUUUUACAAAAAUAGAUGAUGAAGGGAUUAGCUGUGAUAAAAGAAAUGCAGUCCUUUCCACAAAUUAUGCUUAGUGUUUGGCUUUAGAAUUUGAGAUUUGUUAAUAUGAUUCAACAAAGUAGAGGUGUACUUCUACAAUUUUUGGGUCAGUUUGUUCUUCUAUUGUUACUAAAAAAGGAUGCUAACUCAUUAAAAACAAUUGUUAUUGGUCUAGUAAUUAAUGUGUAUAAUACGAUGCUGAUAAGUUUUUUAGUGCAUGUGAAUAAAUCUACACAAAAUAUUAAUGCUUAAAAAAUAUAAAUACAUCUUGUAAAUGGGAUGAUUCUCUAUAUUAAUGCAAAACUUAUGAAGGAUCAAUUGUAACUUGUGCUGAUCAUACUGAUUCAGAAAUAUCUCCAGGAAUAUGCUUUUAUUUUUCAUCUGAUUAUUGUGGUCAUGAUGGUACAAAAUGUUUCCAAGAUUCUCCUUAAUCAGUUUGUGCGAAUUCAAAGAGUCCUUUAGGAUGUUAAGUGAAUACUGCUGGAAAUUGUUAAUGGAGUAUUGAUACAGGUAAAUGCUUGACAUUAAUGGAUCCCAGCUAAGCAUCUUUUAUGACUUGUGUUUAAUUGAAAUAUACAAAAAAAGAAUUAUGUACAGCUCCUAUUAUUGAAGGUUAAACUUGUCAUUGGAAAGAUAAUCUAUGUUAAAGUGCAAAUAUAUAAUAAGUUAAAUGUAAUGAUGAUCUAAGUCUGGAUGGAUGCAGAGCUGUUGCAAUCAUAGGUGAGUAAUGUAUAUUUAAAACAAAAUGUGAAAAAGCUGAUCUUGAUACAAUAAAAUGUGAUGAUUAUAUAAAUAUUCAUUCAUGUUUAGAUGUUAAAUUAGAUGGUUAAUACUGUAAAUGGUUAGGUUAAAGAUGUUCAUCUUUAGAAAACGAUGAUGGUUAUGGAAUGUCAUCUCAUAUUUUAAUUAAUUCUAAUGUUUGUCGUAAAGCAUAUACAAAAUCAGGUGCUCCUGAAGAAAAAUUAGAAAGGAUUGGGGUUAAAUAUGAUUAAGAAAAUUUCGUAUGUAAUUUAUCAGAUCCAGAAGAAGAUUUAUGUAGUACUCCAGGAUUAAAUUAUUAUGGAUGUUUAUUAACUUAAGCUGAUGCCUGUGAUUGGACAGGUAGUAAGUGUAAAUCAUUUGAUUUCAAUGUUUCAUAUACAAAAUGUAAUUAAUAUUAAUCAGUAUCACCAAAAGUUUGUGCUUCAAUAAUUACAUCAAAUUUAAAAUGUUAACAUAAUCCAGACACUUUAAACUGCGAAGAUUUUACAGAAACAACAUAAAUUUUUAUAAAAAAAAAAGAAGUUGAUGAAUAUUUUAACACUAAAAAGGGUAUGAAUCGUUUGGCAUGUAUAAGUGUUUCAAAAUAACCAACAAUAUGGGUAGAUGGAAAAUGUUUAUAUAAUUAAGUAAAAGUAGCUUUGAUAACAUGUGGAUAAUUACUAAAUGUCAAUCCUAAAUCUUGUGCUUAGAUUGAUAAAGAUAAUGUAAUCUGUAAAUAUGAUAAAGAUGGAUCAUGUACUGGAUGGUUUGAUGGUUAAGUUGAUAAAUGCAAUACACUUGGAUUAAAUAGAUUAGGUUGUGUUUCUGUUGAAAGAGAAAUGUGUUAAUUUUCAGAGGGAUCUUGUCAAAAAUAUGAAUUGUCAAAUGUUAUAAAAUGUAAUGAAUUAUAAAAUGUAAAUCCACUUGUUUGCAAAAAUGUUAUAAGUGAACCAUGUAAAUUUAGUUUUGUGAGUAGGGGAUGUGUUUAAUCAUAUUCAAAUGAUAAAUGUUAAUAUGAUGGUAUUAAUUAAAUGGGAUGUAACAAAAUCUAUUAAUGUUAAUGGGUUGAUGAUAGAUGUUUUUGCAAGGGAUUAGUAUCAUCUCUCUAAAUAGUAGAUUGUUCUAAAUUUACAUCAAAUAAUUGUUUCAAUACUUAAUGUAUCAAAGAUAAUACUAUUAAUUUAUGUAGAAAUAAAAGAUGCAGCGAUCUUUCUCUUACUUCUUGUACUGGUACAAUAGCUUAACAAACUUGUUAUGUUAAUCUUUAAAAAUGUAGUUCAGCAUCUAAAUGUUCUGAAUUAUUUAAUGUUGUAAAUUGUAGUUCAUAUACAAUUGGAGGUAAAAAAUGUGCUUAAGAUUUAUGGAAUGCUAAUCAUUGUGUUGAAUAGACAUGUUAACAUCUCAAUUAAGACUAAUGUAGUGGUAAUUGUUAAUGGUCAUAUUUUUAAUGUGUAAUCAAAGAGUGUAAUUAUAUGAAUAAGGAACAAUGUAAUGGUAUUAUGAAUAAUAAGCAAUGUUUUUGGGAUGGCUCUUAUUGCUAAGCUGUCUCUUCAUGUUAAGAUUAUAUCACCUAUUCCAAAUUAACUGAUUCUACUCUUUAAGAAAAAUUAUGCAUCUCUUCAACAUUUCAUUAAAGAAAAUGUAAAUGGUAGCUAGUUUAACCAUAUGGAACAGAUUAUUAAUGUACAUCCAAAAUCUGUGCUGAUAAAGGUAACAGUUAAUCAACUUGUCAUGGUCUUGAAGCAGAUGGAGAAGUUUGUGUAUUAUUACCAGACUUUACUUGUGUUGCUUGUUCUGAAAUUACAGAUUCUUGUACAUGUUUAAAUAUGAAUGGGUAUUGUUAUUAUAGUGAAACAAAAGGAUGUCUCUCAAAUUAAUGUAGUGAUCUUGAUUAAAGUUCUUGUGGUAUAUUAUUUUUUUAAUUUAUUUCUAGCUUAAGUUACUUCAAGAUGUAUCUAUCAUAAUCAAUAAUGUAAGCCAGCUUGUUCUAAAUUGAAAAAUAUUGAUUGUUCUGUGAGAGAAGCUUUAAAUGAAUGUCAUUGGAAUGGAAAUGUUAUGAGAUGUAUUGAUGGUCCUGCUCCUACUGUUAAAUUAAAUACAAUGGAAGAGGUUAUUGUAAUUGAAAAUUUAAUUGCGAAGAUUAACUCAGCCAUAAUCAUACUGAUAAUGAUAUAUUCUAAUUGA